ACACAUCAUCCCUAGGGUUUUGUAUUUCUUUCUCUCGCAGCUUAUUCUCUCCAACUCUCUUCUUUCCUGUCACACUUUACUUUGUUGGGCGUCUAAACAACGCUGUCCGGAUCAUAUCUUCGAUUCUGAUUCUGAUUUUUUUCUUCAUGGAUUCGUAUAUGCAAUAAGGUUUUUUUUCAAUCUUCAACCACAAAACCCUUCUUAAAUAAUCUCGGGACAAGUUUCUCUUUCGAUUCAAUCGGACCGGGAAAAAAAAUGGCGACUUUGAACCCUUUUGAUCUCUUGGACGAUGACUCAGAAGAUCCUAGCCAAAUCGUUGCGGCUAAGCCAUUGAAGGUUGAGAAAUCUGCUCCCGUUCAGCCUGCUAAGUCUGGCAAGUUUCCCACCAAGCCUGCUCCUCCUACUCAAGCUGUGAGGGAGGCCAAGAACGCUCCUGCUGGAGGUCGUGGAGGUGGACGAGGAGGUGGUAACGGUCGAGGCAGAGGUGGUGGAUACAACAGGGAUUCCAGGAACACUGAUGCUCCUGCCAAUGAAAACGGCUAUGGUGGAGGCUACAACAGGCGCUCAGAAGAAGGAGAUGGAGCAAGACGUGGUGGGUCUGUUGGUGGAUACCGUGGUGAUCGUGGUGCUCGUGGUGCUCGUCGUGGAGGCUUCAACAAUGGUGAAUCAGGUGACUUUGAACGCCCACGUAGGAACUUUGAGCGUCACAGUGGAACUGGUCACGGAAGUGAGUUUAAACGUGAUGGUGCUGGCCGUGGCAACUGGGGAACCACUGAAGAUGAUAUUGCUCCGGUGACUGACGAAUCCACAGCUGCGGUGGAGAAGAAUGUGACUGUUGAGAAGCAAAGUGGUGAAGGUGAAGCAACUAUUGCGAACAAAGAGACACCUGCUGAAGAGCAACCAGAGAAGGAGCCUGAGAACAAGGAGAUGACUUUGGAAGAGUAUGAGAAGGUUUUGGAGGAGAAGAAGAAAGCUCUGCAAGCGACCAAGGUUGAGGAGAGGAAGGUUGACACAAAAGCUUUUGAGGCCAUGCAACAGCUCUCAAGCAAAAAGAGCAACAACGAUGAAGUCUUCAUCAAGCUGGGAACAGAGAAGGACAAGCGUGUUACUGAGAGAGAAGAGAAGACCAAGAAGUCUUUGAGCAUAAAUGAGUUUCUGAAACCUGCAAAUGGAGAAAGGUACUACCCAAGAGGUGGUUACCGUGGUGGAAGGGGAGGACGUGGGCAACGAGAUGGAAACCAGAAGAACGGAGAAGCUGCUGGCCCAGGCAAUGAGGGAGGACGUGGACAAAGAGGAGGAGGAAACCAGAAUUACAGAGCCCCAGCCAAUGAGGGAGGACGUGGACAAAGAGGAGGAAACCCGAGAUACAGGGAACCUGCUGCACCGGCCAUUGAGGACACUGCACAGUUCCCUACUUUGGGUAAGUAAGACUGUCGGGUUUGGUUCCGCUUCCGUCUGGUCUCUUUUGUCGCUGUAAUCUCUCACUCGGUUUGGAUUUUGUUCUUCUGAUUUCAUUGUUAUUGAUAUACUUUUCCCAUGAGAGAGCUGAAGGAUUUUUGUGUUCCGAACCCACCUUUUUUCAAAUUAAACAAGUUAGCUAAACCAGUUUCCAA